AUGCUGCGGCACUCUCUAGCACGUUCGGCUUGGCGGACUGGCAAGCAGGCCGCCAAUGCCUCGCGAACUUUUGCAACCACUGCCCGCAGGAAUGCCGAAGUCGAGUUGACGAUUGACGGAAAGAAGGUUUCUGUUGAAGCCGGCUCUGCCCUGAUUCAAGCUUGCGAAAAGGCAGGCGUAACAGUUCCCAGAUAUUGCUACCAUGAAAAGCUUGCGAUUGCCGGUAACUGCCGUAUGUGCCUCGUCGAAGUCGAGAAAGCCCCGAAGCCCAUCGCCUCCUGCGCAUGGCCCGUCCAGCCCGGUAUGGUCGUGAAGACCAACUCCCCGAUUACACACAAAGCCCGCGAGGGUGUCAUGGAAUUCCUUCUCGCCAACCACCCCCUCGACUGCCCCAUUUGCGAUCAGGGUGGUGAGUGUGAUCUCCAGGACCAGUCGAUGCGUUACGGCGGCGACCGAGGCCGUUUUCACGAAAUCGGCGGCAAGCGUGCCGUCGAGGAUAAGAACAUCGGCCCCCUCAUUAAGACCUCCAUGAACAGAUGUAUCCACUGCACACGAUGCGUCCGUUUCUCCAACGAUAUUGCCGGUGCCCCCGAGAUGGGCUCCUUCGGCCGUGGCAACGACAUCCAGAUCGGUACCUACCUUGAGAAGAACCUCGACUCCGAACUUUCCGGCAACGUUAUCGACCUCUGCCCCGUCGGUGCCCUUACCUCAAAGCCCUACGCUUUCCGCGCGAGGCCGUGGGAGCUGAAGCACUCUGAGUCCAUCGACGUCCUCGACGGUCUCGGUUCCAACAUCCGUGUCGACUCCCGUGGCCUCGAGGUUAUGCGUAUUCUUCCCAGACUCAACGACGAUGUCAACGAGGAGUGGAUCAACGACAAGACCCGUUUCGCCUGUGACGGUUUGAAGACCCAGAGACUGACCAUGCCUUUGAUCCGCCGCGAGGGCAAGUUUGAGCCCGCCGACUGGGAGCAGGCCCUCAUGGAGGUUGCCAACGCCUACCACCACAUCCAGCCCAAGGGCAACGAGUUCAAGGUUAUCGCUGGUGAGCUUACCGAGGUUGAGUCUCUGGUUGCCAUGAAGGACCUGGCCAACAAGCUUGGAUCCGAGAACCUGGCCCUUGACAUGCCCAACGGAAGCAAGCCUGUUGCUCACGGUGUCGACGUCCGCUCCAACUACCUGUUCAACUCCCAGAUCUUCGGUAUUGAGGAGGCCGAUGCUAUCCUCAUUAUCGGCAGCAACCCCCGCCACGAGGCGGCCGUCCUGAACGCCCGUAUCCGUAAGCAAUGGCUUCGCUCCGACCUUGAGAUCGGUGUUGUUGGCGAGACCUGGGACUCAACCUUUGAGUUCGAGCACCUCGGUACCGACCACGCCGCCCUGAAGUCUGCCCUCGCUGGUCCUUUCGGCAAGAAGCUCCAGGCCGCCAAGCGCCCCAUGAUUAUCGUGGGCUCUGGUGUCACUGACCACGAGGACGCCAAGGCCUUCUACGAGACCGUCGGUGCUUUCGUCGAGAAGAACGCCGCCAACUUCCUCACUGAGGAGUGGAACGGAUACAACGUUCUCCAGAGAGCCGCUUCCCGCGCCGGUGCCUUCGAGGUUGGUUUCACCACUCCCUCUGCCGAGGUUGCCGAGACCACCCCCAAGUUCGUCUGGCUCCUUGGUGCCGACGAGAUCUCCGAGAAGGACAUCCCUAAGAACGCUUUCGUCGUCUACCAGGGCCACCACGGUGACCGCGGUGCCCAGAUCGCCGACGUCGUUCUUCCCGGUGCCGCUUACACCGAGAAGGCCGGUACCUACAUCAACACCGAGGGUCGUGUCCAGAUGACCCGCGCUGCCACCUCCCUCCCCGGCGCUGCCAGGACAGACUGGAAGAUUAUCCGUGCCAUCAGCGAGUUCUUCGGCGCUCCCCUGCCAUUUGAUGACGUUGCUCAGCUUCGCGACAGAAUGGCCGAGGUCAGCCCGGCCCUAGCGGCCUACGACGUCGUUGAGCCCGUCGCUCUUAAGCAGUUGAGCAAGGUUCAGCUUGUUGACCAGAACAAGGGCUCGAAGGCCUCCGGCUCGCCCUUGAGGAAGGUUAUUGAGAACUUUUACUUCACAGACGUUAUCUCAAGAAGUUCACCGACAAUGGCCCGCUGCUCUGCGGCCAAGGCUACUGGCAACCCCAAGACCAACUUCAUGGCACCAGGCAUGGAGGAGGAUAGGCCGAUGGGCCAGGUUGCGUACGGAGCAUGA